AUGAAUUUAGCAAUAUCAUCAAGUUCAGAAGAAGAAUCAUCUUAUAAUGCUAAAGAAUAAGACAGAAUAUUAAAGAAUUCAAAUAUUUUUAAAUAGAAAGCCAACUCUCAUUUGAAUUGUUUAAAGCAUCCAAAUAAAAAAGUAUAAAGCCAUUACAAUUUUUAUUAAUAGGCUAAAUAUUAUGCCUAAAAUGAUAAUCGAACUUUAUUUUGUUCUAAAUGUGCCUUGAAUUUAGCCCUGAAAGGUCAUAGAAUUGAAGAAAGUGCUGUAGCAGAAUUAGAAUUAUAAAGACAAAUGAGAAUUAAUUAAUUUUAAGAAAUGAUGAAAUAAGCCUUAUUAGUUUGCAAUUCAAAAAUAAUAUGCUUAAAUAACCUUUAAAUUAGCCAAAAGUAACAGCUUGAAGAUUAAAAAAUAAAUUGCAUAAAAUUUUUUGAAUAGGUAAUUGAAACAGCUCAAUAAUUAAAAUAAACAUAUAUACAAAAGUUUUAACAUGAUCACUCAAGCUUAGAAUAGAAUAUAUUAGAUUGCUAAUAAGCUGUGACAAAUUAUGAGAAACAAUUAUAAUAAUAUUAAAUUGACAUUGAUAAAAAUCAUACAAAUAUUGUCAAAAAGAUGGAAAUGAAGCCUUUCGAAGAUAUUAUGCAAAGAUAUGAAAAGAGAGUAAGAAGUAUUUAACAAUUAUUAUCUGAAAUGAAAUUAGAGUCAGGUGUAAAAAUCAAUUAAUUUGAAUAAUCUUCCAUUUUAACCUUUAUGAAUAAAAUGUGCUACAAUAUUUUGUUGAAUGAUACAUCUUAAUCAAUUAAAUCUAGAAAUAACUCGAUCAAUUUUAACAAUCCUUCAAUCGAUAUGAAAGUAUUGGAUAUCUUAGAAAAUGAUGAUAUCUACUAAAGCACAUUCUCGAACACAAUUAAAGAUAGCAAUAGCUAAAAUCCUCCAUCUCCUAUAUCCAAAUUGCCAAUUUAUAAAAGUAAUGGAUCUAACCCAAUUUCUACAAUCUAAAAUUCAAGAAGAGAGAGUAACUCAAAUACUCCAGAAAGUUGGAAUCACACAAAUAUUCAGAAUUGUGAUCAAUAAUCAUAGAUAAAUUAAUAGAUCAAUAGUCAUAAUGUAAGUUUGAAUGAGUAGCCAAUUGUGAUCAAUUAGUAAUAGUAAAUUUAAGAAAAGUUCAGUGUAAAAGAAAUAGUAAAAUUAGCUAAUGAGAAUGCAUAAAAUGUUGAACAACCUAAAAAUUUAGAAAUAACACCUUUGAUUCAUUAGAAAAGUUAAUCCAUCAUGCCACAAUCUAUUAAAAUUCAUAAUCAUUAAAAAAGUAAUAUAGCUGAUUAUCUUCUUAGAUCAAUAUGAUUUAAACACUAUCAACAAAUCUCAAGAUUCAAAAUAAAGAAAAAAGCAGCCAUCUGUAGAUCAAAUUGAACAAAAGAGAUUUUAUAUACUAAAUCAGAAUCAAUAAAAAUCAUAAUUAUCGUAAGAAGACACCUUGAAAGAUAGAAUUUUUAAAGAAUUAAGUGGCCAUUCUAGUGAAUCUGUUUACAACUAAGUUUUAAAAAUAAAUACUUUAUAAUAAAAAAUGAAAAAGGGAAAGGAGAAUACUCAGAUUGAUUGGACAGGUAGUUUAAGAAAUAAGUCAAAUAUAUUAGCAAAAAAAUGAGUAAUUAACUUAUCGAUAAUAUACUUUUUUCCAAUAGAAAAUUAUACUUUAUAAAUUAUAUAUACGUUAUUUUACCAAAGAAUAAUAAAAAAGAAAUAUUUUUCAUUAUUUGGUUUGCUUAUUUGACUCUCGGGAAUUCAAUAGUAGGGAAAAAAGCAUCAGGUAAUCAUAGUUAUUAUUUGUUAGAAUAGUUUUUUCCACAUAUAAUGGAUUGGCUCAAAAAAUAAGAAUAGAAGGUGGAUCAAGUUUUGGCUUUUAGUGCUCUCACUGAAAUCAUUUAAUAAACAGACGAAGAACUAUUUCAAAAUACUGUAAAUUCAGAGUUUAUCAAGUCAUUUUAAUAAUAAGUAUUCUGUUAGAGUAACAUUAUUAAGAUAUUGUAAUAUUGUAAAGAAAAAAAAGAGUUUGAGUAUGUUAGGAUAGAAAGUAUAGAGAAAUUCAUUUAAGAUGAAUUCUAGCAUAAUUCUAACUACUUCAAAAUUAUGA